AUGGAUAAAGACAAGAAGAACUAUCCAAUGGACUGCGAAGUACAGAGAAGCGAGGAGCCGUGGGCCGAAAUGAGUCGAAUGACUGAGCGCCGCAAAAUCGAAAAGAAGCGGCUACACUGGCGAGGGUGGUUUCGAAGCAAGUUGCAGGGUGGGCGCAAAACGACGACCAAAGCGACCGAAACAAACUUUCAGUGUCCUCCCGACGUCGAUUCUUUAGCAGCAAUGCCGUUGGAUCAGAGCUUGGCAAUAAGUCGCGCGCCACGGCAACAAGACACGCGAGAUGACCUCGGGCCCCCUCCGUACCAUGGUGUCGACGCACACACUCUGCUCUAUUCCGGCGUGUAUCUGAAAGACAUUCUGGAAAUUGACCGAUAUGUGCAACAGACUGUCGCGAAUACUGUUAGAGAGAAAAUACACGCUAACUUCUGGGGACAUGACGCCCAAACCAUGAUGAUGAUCAUGGACGCUAUUCAAGAAGGGUGUACAUCUGUCGCCGUUACCAUAUGCCGCGUUGACGUGCAAAUAGAGCCAGCCAAAGUCAACGCAUUCGUCAACGAAGGCUGCCGCAAAGUAGCCAAGGCAAUUAUCGAGGCCGCCUACGCCGUAGCCCCCGCGGGACGAGGAAAUCAUCCAGCUAUUGCAGCUUCUUAUGCCGCCAAGAUCAUCAGGGAGGCCGCAGACCACUUCUUCCGCUACAAAAAGUCCUGGCGGCCAUACUUGGCCAAAAUGCAGCUGAUGUCUACGGCUUAUAGCGUGGGCGCUACCCUCUGCUGGAAUCACACCAAUCGCAAGUCUAUACUCGACCACCCUGUCGCCUUCCCGGCAUACCAGGAGUUUCUCGAAUCUCCCCUCUAA